AGGUACCAUGCACCAGGUGUGUAGACAGAAAGCUUGUCUGUGAAACUCGGCCACCCCGUCGCGGGCACGGACAGGGACACGGACACACUCGGUCAAACCACAGUUACAGCGAUUCGAAAAGAAAACGGCCUCGCUCUAGAGAUUAUCAUGGCCGGACGAGAGUGAGCUCGGAUCCCUCAGCUUUUAUGUUCGCCAGUGAGAAUCAUUUCUCCCACGACGGCUAUAUAGAUAUGGAUUGGACGCUAUUGGGCGACAGUUCUAGUGACCUACAAGCUGCACUUCAAGGCCCUCCUAUUACUGCAUCCUCUUCAAGUGGAUAUUCAUUGUAUCCUGAUGAAGGGCCCGGAUGUUAUGCGCUCGAAGAUUUACUCCCAGGGGACCACUUCCCCUUCAGCCCUUUUCCAGAACUGCCAUCGCCAACACCCUAUUUGACCAACUUGACAGACACAGACGGGUCUCUGUGUGAUAUUCCAAGCUCUAUUACUGCAACGGACAAUAUAUUGUCUCUGCAAGCGGCUGAUAUCCAACCCCAGGCCGAAGCCCUAGACGGCUGGCCAAUAUUCAAGUGCAAUCCCAUCGUCCCGUCAAGCGAAUGCACGCCCACAGCUGCCCGGCAUGUCAAUAACCUCCAAACACUGCUCGAGAGCUGUACCGAGCCGAUAGAAAAUAGCGGACUGACCGAGUCGACUUCAGCGCUUGCUCCUCUUCUCGCUACCACCAGAGAACGACUCACUGCAGUCCUGCAGGGCCUAUUCAACGAAGCCCAGCAUGUAUACAGUCUCCGCAAUCGAGCCAUCGAAACGAAUACAGCAUCAGGAUAUACUACCCCCAACCCCAUAGGCCCUGGUCCAUCCAUCCUCCUCCUCCCCCCUCCCCCCGUGCUAGAAUCUAUCCUCCGAUCCUGUCUCGUCGCAUACUCACCAUACUACCCCUUCAUAACAAGCGCAUCCAGCACCGUCAACAAGCGAAUGGAAAGCAGUCGCCGCCCCAUCCUGCCCAGUAUAUUCCUGCUCCUGAUGCUGGCAGCCGGAGCCAUGACGGUUGGAGCGGGCGAAACAAAUAACCAGAUGGCGCAUGGGCUUGUUGAGAUUUGUCGAAUUUCCCUGCGCAGACAGAUUGAGCAGGAUGUGCAGCUGGCAUUUGACCCUGAGGUGCUGGAGUGUGCGUUGUUGCUUACGAUUGUGGCGGUUUGGAGUGGUGAUAAAUGGCAGAUGGAUAUUGCGAUAUGUCAAAAGGCGAUGUUUCUUGAGAUGCAUUCCCAGGCAGGAUUCCAAGAGAACAGAGAGGCCCAACUGGCCAAGCUCAAGUCCACGGAUGUUGCCCAGUGCUGCCAGGUAUGGGAAGAGAAUGAAAGGAAAAAUAGAAUCACGUAUUCAUGGCUCAUCCUCGACCAGGAGAUAUGCCUGUCCCAAGACAUCCCAUCCACAUCAUAUCUCUCCAUCAUCAACCUCGACGUCCCAAUCCCAAGCGGCGAUAGCAACUCGAGUCUAAAUUCCGUUAAACGCUGGAUGCAGGGCAUAUCACAGUCAUCAGACCAUGACCCCAUCCCCCCAUCACUCGACGAAUAUGUCCGCCAAUUUCGAGAAACCAACGACGUCCACAGCAUGCGCGAUGUUUCACCAACAUCUCUACGUCUACUGCUCUGCUACCUCCAAAACACAGUAGCCCAUCUCCGCUGCAGCGUAGACAGAAUCCCGGCCCCGGGUAAGAGCGAACGCCACAGAGCCGUCGGACAGACCUCGCUCGUCCUCCUCUCCGUCCAGUUCCAGGAGGUGCAGGAACUCUUGCAUAAAUGGUAUAUACUUGCCAGAGCACACAGUGCGUCCAAUUCCACAGACGACGUCCCAUCCAUGCCGGAUAGUGAUGCCCGCGCAUCCACCGCUAACAUGAUCUUGUACCAUCUGAUCAUGCUCAACACCAUGGUCAGUUUCCCCGAGAUAGAGCGGAUGGCGCGCAUUGAGCCCGGAUCACAAGUUCCAAAGCCGGGUCCCGCUCCCUGGAAACAUCCAUACCACUUGGAAAAUACACGGGAUAUAUACGUCCACUGCGGGCAGGUCCUGCGUCUUGUUCGCGGCACCCCAGAAUCAAGUAGGCCGGUCUGGUGGGCUGGGGCUGUAUACCGCGUUGCCUUGGUCGCGUGGGCGAAUUCUCUCAACGAUACCAAGGCUCAGUCUCAGUCUCAAGAGACCGUGGUGCUCGAUGAUCUACCACCAGAGCAUCCGUCUAUCCUGGCGUACUUGGAUCAUCAGUCUGAGCUUGUUCCCAUGUUCUCUGAUCCCAGCGGUACACUUGUUUCUUUGCAUGUCCCGGUGGAUAUUAUACACCACUGUGCUGGUGUGCUGGAUUCAGAUGUGCAGACGAAGUUCAGUAUGGGGAUUCAGCAGAAGUUGUUGAGUAUGGCGCAGCGCUGGGGGAGGUUUACACAUGGCUCUACCUGCGAUUGAAACACCGAUAUAC